AUGGCUUCUCAAUUUGAAGGAUUCAAAAAGAAAGACAUGAAUGCAACCAGAAUCUCGCAUACUGCCGAAACAAAGAAAUAUCAGAAUCCCUGUUUUCCUCAGGCGUCGUUCGAAAUUCUGAGCAAGUAUCGGAGCCAAUUCAAGCAUUUGAAUCCAGAAAAAAGACACGAGCCUAGGGUCCCUCAGACGACAAAUGGGACCGUAACCCCUUCGAGUGAUCCAGUUGUGUCUACUGAAUGCAUCAUGAAAUUAGCAAGGAUGAGAUUACGUGAAGAUUGUUCCUCGUACUCUAUCAAUCCAUUUCCCGAGAUUUCAGAAGAGAAUUCAAAGGAUAUGGAACUUGCAUUCAAUCUUCUUAUGGCUGCUGAGAAAUUCUCCAUCCAACAAUUUGAUAGCGCGGAAAAAUUGCUCGGACAGUGCGUUCCUUUUGCUUCACGUUGUGACAGUCCUCUUCGAAGAGUUGUUACCCAUUUCGCUGAGGCUUUACGAGAAAGGAUUGAUCGAGAAAGGGGAAGAAUCAAUUUAGAGCGUAAAAUAGUGGAUUUAGAAGAAUCCCUUAUGAUGUUUAAAUCUGCCUCUCUAUCAUUUGAACAAAAACUUCCCCUUGGUCAAAUCAGUCAAUUUACUGGAAUGCAAGCCAUUUUGGAUAGCAUGGCAUUAGCAAGAAAUAUUCACUUGAUCGAUUUUGGAAUCAGAAGUGGAUCUCAUUGGAUAAUUCUAAUGCAAGGUCUUGCUAGUCGAAAAGAUAAUCCGGUCGAGCUGCUGAAAAUUACUGCUGUGGGAACUUCGAAACAUAAGCUCGAAACAACAGGUAAAUGGCUAUCUUCUUUUGCAGAAUCCUUGAAUUUGCCCUUUUCAUUCAGAACAGUGAUAUCAGAAUUGAAUGACCUUAAGGACUGUUUUUUCGAGGUGAAGGCCGAAGAAAUGGUGGCAGUAUAUUUGUUCCUAAAUCUGUGUGGUAUAUUAGCCUCGGCUGAUCAUUUAGAAAGUUUCAUAGUAUUUGUCAAAAAGCUCAAUCCAUGUGUAAUCGCCAUCGUCGAAAUGGAGGUGAACACAAAUACGCCAAUUUUUAUGGACCGGUUUUACGAGGCAAUCUUUUUUGCUAGCGCAGUAUUUGACUUACUCGAUACCUGUCUAAAAGAGGAUAUCAUGCAUAGGAAGAUGAUCGAAGAAAUAUACUUGCGGCAGAUGAUUUUGAGUAUGAUUACAGAAGAGAGUGAUGAGAGGAUUCAGCGGUUCACGAAAAUUGACUUCUGGAGGGAAUUGUUUGCAAGGUUUGAUCUUGUGGAAGCAGAGUUGAGUCAACUGUCCUUGGAUCAAGCUAAUUUGGUGCUCAAGACAAGUCCUUGUUGGAGUUCAGCUACUAUAGACAUGAAUGGAAAAUCCAUGAUUUUGGGUUGGAAUGGAACCCCUAUUUUGUCCCUUUCUGUUUGGAAGUUGAGUUAG